AUGCUUAAUGCAGAAACUAAAGAAAGGGUGGAGAUUUUUAAUGGAAUUAAUUAAUAAUUAGAAGGUGAUUUACCGAAAAUUUAUUAGUUGGUGGAGUAGGAAAAUCUUGAAAGGGAAGAAAAUGAUAAAAUUGCGUUGAAAAAAAUAUAAGAAGAGAGUAAGAAAUCCAAAGAAGCAAUUAAUUAAUAUAAGAAAAAUAGAGAAGAAUCAGAAAGUAAUAUACUUGAUAUGCUUAAAGAUCUUGUAAAUAAAAUUAAAAUGUAAAUUGAUGAUGAAAGAAAUGAUAGGGAAUAAUCAGAAAAUUUACUUGUCGGACUUCUGGAUGAUGCUUCAAUUAAAAUUUGUUAAAUUGCUAAAGUUUGA